CUGCGGUCACUUCUGAUGCAUUAUAUAAGGCAAAAUCUAAACAUCAAUUUCAACAAAUUAUUCCUGCUCUUUUAAAAAAUUUGACUGAUGAUGAGAUUGGUUUAGAACAUUUACAAAAAAUCGAAAUGGAAGAAAAUAACAAUAAUAGUGAUGGUCAUUCAAAACCAAAUCAAUUCUCCAUAAAUUCUACAACAAUUUCAGCUGAGCAAAAUGCGCGACUAGCUUAUAAUUGUUACAAACAAGUAUUUAAAUAUGCCAACACUUCAAAUAUUAAUAUGUCUCUUAAUCCAACUUUUGCCUUUUUAGACGAUAACAAUCUUUGGUUGCCAUCAUCUUUUGGUAUUAGUUUAGCUUUUGUUGUCAUUUCUUCCUUGCAGCCAGUAUUUCGUCAUACACUUGUUACCAAAAUAAUACAGGAACUAAAUUCAUUGAUUAAUGUGGCAGAAUCUUUACCCAAAAAAUUCACAUUGAUCGAGAUGUUAACCUCCAUUCUUACCAAUAAAGUUAACCUGGUCAACUAUUCGAUUAUAGAAGUUUUGGGUUGUUUGUUGCGUCAUUUGUUAAAUUCUGUAAAAUUAAGGGAUCAAAAUUUGGAAGUCGCAAAUUUAAAUAGUGAUGAGAAAGCAUCUGUGGCUGAAACUUCUUUGAUUAAAAAAUCUGCUGAAUUGGAAGAAAUGAAUGCUCAACGACUUUUCACUUGCAUAGGAAUUUCUAUUAGUGACUCAAGAAAAACUUUAUUGAAAUGUCUGGAUACUGUUCUUAAAAAGAAUAACGAAUCUAAAAAACUUUACCCUGAAUAUCCAAGAAAUGAAAUUCAAAUUGAAACGUUUCAAAAGACUACUGGGCUUUGCUCUGAUGAUGACCAUGAAGUGAGAAUAGCAUAUGCACAAGUAUUAUUGACACUUUUAGAAAAUUAUAUAACUUUAUCCACUAUUCUUCGUGCUCUAUUUAAUCGUUUUCAUGUUGACCAAGUCAUUUGUGGUGUACCAGUUGUCUUCAAAUUACAGCUUGAAAAUUAUACCCGUCAACGAGCAUUGGCUAGUAUUAUUGUAUUAUACUUUUAUGAUAUUGCAACUGGUUUAAAAAUUUCAGAAUUACAAGAUUAUAUCAAAAAAGAAAUAUCCAACAAGCCAAAUCAACUAUUGCAACCAGUUGACAUUUGGCUUGAUCAUCAAAUUAUAGUACCUUUACUUUGUAAACAUAAAGAAUUAACAGAUAUAGGCGGCAAACAAUUAGAGGAAAAUUUGAUGGCGGAAUGGAACCCCGAAGAAGGAUUUGAAAGAUUGAAAUGUGAAGUUUCAAAGAUUAGAUCAUCAAGAAUUCUUGGUAAUGAAAAACCUCAUUUUGCAAUCACUCCACCCAUUUUUACUCAUCAUGAAGAUAGUUCUGGUGAUUUACCUAAACCAACUAUCAAAGUAGAAAAUUUAAGAGAUGCACUAGUUGUACAGCAACUAGUUUCAAAUGAUGCAUCUGAACAUGAGAAUUCUGUAGUAUCUGAUUUAGAAUCGAUUAAUUAUUCGUGGAAUAGUGUUAAUGGGAAAAAAGAAAAGAAAACUCCUCAGAAAGAUACAAUAGCCUUUUUAUCAUCUUUAUCAUCUAUCGACACUAUUAAAUCUGCAAGUGCACGUUUAAUAAAUCCACCUUAUGAAUCUUAA